AUGAACAAGGUACUUCCGAUGACCAGAAUACGUUACAAUCGGAGGCAGUCGACAAAGCUUGCCAGGGAGAUUGUGAGGCCACAGAGCGGCAGACGCGCACUGUCAAUUCCAACAGUGCGUGUGCUAACGAGGCCAUUGCUGCCGCCUAUGUCGCAUACGAUUGAAAUCUCCAUAGCAGUCAGUGAUCUUGUUGGCUUGGAACAUCUCGAGCGAGUCUGCUGUGUACUUUGGCAGAAUGACAGUGAGAAUGAAAAGCAGUGGCGCCAUCUUGGCACCAGCAAUCCAACCGUAGUUUUUACGCGAAGUGUUGAUUUUGAGGACAAAAUUUCCUUCAAAUAUGUUUUCGAGAAGGCUCAGCUGAUCAAAAUUGACAUUUGUCGACUACAUGAUGGCGAGACAGCAUCCGGAUCCGAUGACGUUGUCGGUAGCUGCAUUUUCAAAGUUGAUGAGCUUAUUGGAUCAUUUGGUCUGCAGUUGCGGAGAUCUUUGUUCAAAACUGUCUCCAUAGCGCAAGCGUUGUCGUCAUCAAGGCCAUCUCAGCAAGUUAUUGGAGUAGUGAUUAUUUCAGCUCAGAUGCCAGAAAAGGAGCAGCCGAUAAUAGUACAACUGCAUGGCAGAUCGCUAGAGAGGAAAGAUUUGAUAUGGGAUGAAACUGCCGUCUUUUUUCGGGUCUUUCGAUUAGAGGAAGGAAAGGAUGAGGAUGAAUUAGUAUUACUCUACGAAAGCGAGGCCAUAAAAAACCAUUCCCAUCCACAAUGGGCAGAAUUUCGAUUAGGAACGCAAGAUGCUGCAGAUAACAGGAAUAGGUUGCUAGAAGUAUGGGUGAUGUAUAGAGAUGUUGACGGUAGCGAAGGUUAUAUAGGAAAAUUUUUGACCACUUAUGCCAAAAUGAAAUACGGUCCUGGCCCGGACAACGUCUAUACGGUGGUUAAUGAAGUGAAACAACAACAGAAGAAGGGUCCGAGAAAACCGCAGAGUUUUCUAAAGUCAGGAUUUCUUCAGAGUUAUGAGAAUAGCGGACGAAUGGAACUGGUGAAAUUCACAGAUGUGUCGUUUUUCUCGUUUUUGGAUUAUAUUGUUAGCGGAACACAACUGCAUUACGAAGUUGCUGUGGAUUUUUCGCGUGAUGAUUUGAGUACAGAUGGAGAACAGUAUAAGUUUGAUGCUGAUGUUCAUCUAGCAAUCCGAGCCAUUGGAGGAAUUCUCAGGGAUUAUACGCCAAAUCGACUUUUUGCCGCGUUCGGGUUAGGAGCUAAAAUUCCGCCAACUUUCCACGAGACCCACGAGUUUCACUUGAACUUCAACAUCGAUCCGAUCUGCAGAGGUCUGGACGGAGUUAUCGAAGCGUAUCGAAAAGCCGAGUCACUGGUCACGCCUAUGAAAUCAGCCAAAUUUGCUCCGAUAGUCAAUGCAGCAAUCAAAUCAUCUCAACGAUCCGGCUUCCGAGGUCUCCAUUACCAUGUGUUGGCUAUUUUUACUCGAGGAGUCCCAAUGGAUUUGAAGGAGCUUCACUCUGCUAUAGUGGCUGCGGCGGACGCUCCAUUGUCUGUAAUUAUCAUUGGCAUUGGAAGCGCUGACUUUAACCCUUUGUUGAAGUUGGCAACCAAGCGGAAAGAAGGCGUGAGACCAUGUUUACAGCUGAUCACCAUUGCUGAUUUGAUUGAUGCGUCCGACACACUUUCUGAAAAUCGAUCUCGUAUAGCUCAAAAAGCAUUGCGAGCUGUUCCGGAACAGAUGGCCGAUUUCAUGCAUGCUGCCAACAUUGCUGCCAAACCUCCUAUACAGGUCUGUCGCUCUCCACUUUUCCAUAGUUCUUCACUUAUUCCCGACCGGCCAACGCCUCAGUUUCCCUUCGAUGGUGCAGUGCCUACAUCUCUUACUCCUCAACUGUCUCGACCGGACAGACGAGGAAGUGACUCUCAGUAUCUAGAUGUUGAUGUUGGAUCUCGAACCGGUUUGACCGUUCGCGUUCCCGAACGCUGUCAUUCAGUGCUACAAACAACAAGAGAACAAUACCAAAGACGACUCAAAGAGAGAGGACUUGGGAAGAUGCGCUUCCCUCGUGUAGAUCUCUCUACGUUGGACUCAAGCGGAUCAACCCAAAGUACCCAGGACAGCUCACUUUGA